GAAAACAACUACCAGUGACUGACUGAUAAGUGAAAACGCACGCCUAGAGAGAAAGCUUUCAUUAUUUUGGUCUCGCUCUUGUGUGGCUGCAUUGAUAUUAAUGGGAAUGAAGGGAAAGGCAACAUUAGGCAACAUUUCUUGCUAAGUAAUGUGAUAGGUGAAGAAGUGAGGGAAGAAAGGGAGUGGCUGAGAGACUCGUAAACUAGGGAAGGUAAAGGAAAACAUAAGGAAGACACAUUGAAGACAGGUGCUUGUCGAAGUUGCUGUGGUGAUAGUACUUCUAUCUGAUACUCCAGGAUAUCUGAUCCGAUUUCUGUUUCUGCAUUCACCUGCUGAUCUCAGGGCCCCUUGUAGUGGGCAUUAUGGCAGGCUACCUGUACUACCUGCUCCCAGCAGUAGGGGGCUACGCUCUCACGUCACUGUACUUUCUGAAGAACCCUCAUAUUCUGCACAAGAAGAAGCGGACAGCCUUCCACUGCACCCACAUCUCUCAUAGGGGAGGCUGUGGUGAAAGGAUUGAGAACACUAUGGAGGCCUUUACACAUGCUGUUGAAGUGGGCACAGAGAUGCUGGAAAUCGACUGUCACUUGACUAAAGAUGGUCAUGUGGUCGUGUCACAUGAUGAGAACCUCCUGCGACAGACUGGGCAGGAUAUCAACAUUUCCUCCUUAAACCUGGAGGAGUUGCCGCCUUAUAAAGAGACACUUGAGGUGACCUUUAAGGCAGGCCACUUCAGCACUGGCUCAGAUAGAAAAAUUGCAUUAUUAGAGGAUGUUUUCCGCAAAUUUCCACACACAGCUGUAAACAUCGAAGUGAAAGAGAAUAACAGGGUGCUGAUUGAGAAGAUUUCUGAUCUUGUGAAGAAAUACAACAGAGAGGGCACAUCAGUUUGGGCCUCUGUUGACUCCACCAUCAUGAAAAAUUGUCGCAAAACAAACUCCUCCAUGCCCUACAUGUUCACUGUAAAGCGGGGUUUACAGCUGCUCCUGCUUUACUACACCGGCCUUCUGCCAUUUGUUCCCCUCGGAGAGAGUUUCCUCCAGUUCUACAUGCCACAAAUCAUAAACAGAGAAUACAUACCUGAAAUGUGGAUUUUGAGAAGCAGCCUGGUCACCUCUUUAAUUGAAAGGAUAACUUUGAGAAAAGGAAUGUUCAAGCACCUCACAGACCGAGGAAUUCAGAUUCAUCUCUUUGUGUGUAACGAAGAAGAGGAUAUUGAGGCUGCUUUUGCUGCAGGAGCAACAGGCGUCAUGUCUGAUUAUCCCACCCUUUUGUCAAACUAUAUAAGAAGGCACAAGCAAGACACAUGAUCAAACAAAAACACACAAUGUACUUCAGCCUUGUCUAGUCAAACACACGCUGUACAAAAGCUGUUUGCCUUUAAACAUACAGACAAGUUUAUAUCAAUACCAUUAUUACCUUAUCAGCACUGGCAUAGUACUCACAUGAAACUUAGUUUAUGGCAUGAGACAUUUAAGUAUGAACACACCUAGAAAAUAAACAGAAUUCAUAUAUUUCACAAGUGGAUUGU